UGGCAGGCUGGUUGAUUUUCGUGACAGGGUUCCUCGUUUAGGUAUUAUAGUGUAAGCUCGGGCCAAGUGCCUGUAAAAACUGGGGUGGCUUCUUAAGCGAAUUAUUCACUGGAGUUCGCGGUGGGUACUUCCGUACGAGCUGCGACUUCGCUCUCGUCAUCUGAACUCUCUUUGCUCGUUUGCUCAACCUGACUCACCGUAUUUGAACGUCUCAAUUGAGUACUACGGAGGCAGGGAGACUCAAUCAGCAACAAUCGCAGCCACCAGUGGCCUCGCAACCCUCAGAAUGGCUUCGAGAAAAGCCCUCUUCGCACUGCCCACUCGUGCAAUUCGCUCCACGAGAACCUCCUCCUCCUCCUCGCUGCUCACCCCCCUCCAACACCACCGCGCCGAGUCAACAGCUUCCUCAACCUCAGCACUCGCCUACAAAGCCCUCCACAGACGAGUCUAUCCUCUCCCAACCUCCGACGCACCUCCUUCCUGGUCCGCCCAAGCAGCCGUCUCCAAUAUCCUUUACGAGACACCUUCACCUUCUAGCGCACCGCCUAAACGCCAUAUUCUCAAUUGUCUCGUGCAGAAUGAGCCCGGUGUUCUCUCCCGCGUAUCAGGUAUCCUCGCCGCGCGCGGCUUCAACAUUGACUCCCUCGUCGUCUGCAACACCGAAGUCGAAGACCUGUCCCGCAUGACAAUCGUGCUGUCCGGUCAAGAUGGCGUUGUUGAACAAGCCCGUCGCCAAUUGGAAGACCUAGUACCUGUCUGGGCUGUAUUGGAUUACACGACUGCUCCAUUGGUCCAGCGUGAAUUGCUGCUGGCGAAGAUCAAUAUUCUGGGUCCUGAGUACUUUGAGGAGUUGAUGGCUCAUCACAGGGAGAUUACGGGUGGUGAGGAGGAGGUUGCAGAGGGAGAGGAAUGGGCUCAGAGGAACUCGGAAUCAAAUGAUUUCCACCCCAGCAAGCUGGCCCUGAGUCAGGCGUUGAGGUUAAAGCAUGAGCAUCUGAAAUCCAUUACCUACUUCACGCAUCAGUUUGGUGGAAAGGUCCUGGAUAUCAGCACGAAUAGCUGCAUUGUUGAGGUCUCCGCAAAGCCCACUCGAAUCGACUCUUUCAUGAAGCUUAUCUCCCCCUUCGGCAUCCUCGAAUCUGCCCGAACAGGUCUCAUGGCCCUUCCUCGCUCCCCACUUUACGGCCCCAAUGAAGCCGAACUCAUCAAAGACGCCGACGAGAUCGUCGAUGCCAGCGUUCUCCCCCCAGGAUAAAGUACUUGCCUUAGAAAUGAUCUGGAUUCUACUCACGUGGAUGGAUAAGCGACACAAAAUCGGUUCUGAACAUGGAUGGAGUUGGCGUCUAUUUUCUACUAUCUCUCUUUCUCUCUCUUCCUCGUUUACUGUGCCUGCGAUUGUAUUUGUUUCAGCAGCUGGUGAGAGAGCAAGGAAUUCACACGCACGUGGAGGAUAGAUUGGUUCAGAGAGAAA